CGUAAAGAGCUUGCUGCCUGCACCUUGUUUUUUACAUCAUGCACAAUAUCAUAAUAUGGAUUAGCUGCGCAAAGAAAGGCGCGUUAAGGCUAUAAUGGCUAUAAUGGUGAAUGGCCUGUUUGACCUGUUUUGCAUUAGCAGUAGUGUACCGACUUGUGGAAAUGAUUUUAUGUUUAAGAAAAAGUAUGUUAAGUUUUACAAUUUUGUUUACUUCCGUAUUUUCAUGAUGCUAUGGUGACGCCUAGUGUUCGUUUUGGGUACUGCAGUUAUAAGCUUUUUCUGUCGAGACACCUUCAGAUCACUCAACCGCUAUCACAGUAUUUGUACAGCACGGUGGUUUCCCUCACUCCAAACCUUGGAAGAGAUACGCCUUUUUACGAUUUGAGUAUAUGUGGAUGAAGUGGCAGUUCAACGAUUAAACUUUAAUCAAGGAAAGCCCCUCUCCUCAUUUUACUCUCGUUAGCUAUCUGUCAGUGCUUUGUUUGGACACAACUGCCAGGAGAGAAUAAGUAGGUCUACAGUAGGGUGAGGUUGCUGCUCUGUCACGUUCCUUACAUCAUGCACCUGUGAGUCAGCAGAGGGACGGACAAUCACGGACCAGGAACAAGCUGGCAUAACUCCGAGUCACUGAACAGCGAGACCUCAGCCUCCGGAGGAAACAGGAAAAGUUAUUCAUAGAAGAGGUGGAGGUAUGACUGCGGACUCGGAGGAGCAGGAAGACGAGCUGCUCGCCCUCCAGAGUAUCUUUGAUGCGGACGAGUUUGUUCGGGAUGAGUCCGAGUCUGCCGGAGAAAUCCGAGUGUCCGUUGAGCUUCCUGCCGACUUCAGUGUGGUUCUCAGAGAGGGUGAAAGUCUGAGGCAGUAUGAUAUUUCUUUCCUUCCACCUCUGCUUCUGACCUUUGAACUUCCUGAGGACUACCCAUCCUCCUCCCCUCCCUCCUUCACCCUCACUUGCAGCUGGCUGACUCACACACAGUUGGCUGCGCUGGGUGCGCACCUCACUGAUCUCUAUGAGGCCACUGGGGGCGCUGUGGUGCUGUUCUCCUGGGUCCAGUUUCUCAGAGAAGACGCUCUGAACUUCCUAAACAUCCACAGUAAGCUGGAGCUUCCUCCUGAUGAACGCAGCACCCUGCAUUAUAACCAGGACAAACAAGAUGCUAAACCCUCAGAACCAAAGAAUGAUCAGCUCACUCCAAAUUCAGAAGCAGACCUCUCUGUACCAUCCUUGGAAGUUCAGGAGAAUCCUUCUGAUGGGAGCAGCACAGACUCUCAGGGAGCUUUGGCUUUAGACUCCGACACAGAGGACCAAAAUAAUCUGAACUGUCAGCAGAACCAGUGUGAUCUAACCUCAGAUUAUCAAAAACCUCCUUCUCCAGAGGCUACACUCCCAGAUCAAACUGCACACACUCCAGAUGUGACAGCCCUCCAAACCUCAGAGUUUGAGGCUGAUUCCCAGGAUGAUCUCUCUUCAGCUACAGAGAAAUCUGAGCCUCUCCCAUUUUCUCAGUUGGAUCAAAGUGGUCAGGAAGAGGCCUUAAAUGAAGGAGAUGUUUCAUUCUCAUUGUUGCUUCCGUCUACUUCCUCAGGCCUGCAAGAUCCAAGUGAACAGGGAGCUGCUUCUCUGCCAGUCCACCCCAGAGAUUCACCUCAGAAUGAAGAACAAACCCUCUCUGGUCUCUUUUUAACUCCCUCACAGACUCUCCUGUCACAGAUUUUGAUCUAUGAUGCAGGUCAGAAAAAGAAAGUGUUUGCCACCACCGUCUUUGACUGUGGGGUUUGCUUUGUGGGCUGGCUCGGGUCGGAGUGUGUGCAGCUGUCUGGGUGUGGCCACAUCUUCUGCCGGGCCUGUCUCAGUGAGUUCUGUAAGGUUCAGAUCACAGAGGGGAACGUCCGGGGUGUCACAUGUCCUCAGGCAGACUGCACUGGGGCCCCUACACCUGCACAGGUGCAGAGUCUGGUAGGGGAGGAGCUGUUCAGCCGCUAUGACCGUCUCCUGCUACAGGCCGCUCUCGACCGCAUGUCCGAUGUGGUGUACUGUCCUCGGAGUUCCUGCGGUUCUGCUGUGAUUUUGGAGAAGUCCAGCAAGGCAGCAUUUUGCUCUGUGUGCAGCUUUGCCUUCUGUGUCACCUGCAGAAAGACCUACCAUGGAAUAGACAAGUGUGAAUCCAAGAAAAUACAAGCAAAAUUGAAAGUCUUUUUAAAAACAGACAUCUUGCCACAGACAGAAGAGGGUGUGAAGGCUCUCAUGGAGGACUACAUCAGUGGCAGCAAGGGGAGGAAGCGCUGGCUGGAGAGCAGAUAUGGCAACAUCAUGACCAGACUGGAAAGUAGUCUGAGUGAGAACUGGAUAGUCGACAAUAGCAAGUGCUGCCCUCACUGCUUCAGCAGAAUAGAGAAGAAUGGAGGAUGUAACAAUAUGAUUUGCACUCAGUGUGGACGCAGGUUCUACUGGCUCGACGCUGUCAGUCUGACAACAGAAAAUGUAAAAACUCGCUUUCAGGAAAUACCCUCUGCUCGCCGCCGAAUCUAGCCUCCCAGUUCUUCGGCUGCUUUCGGCACCUACCCAUCAGCAAGCUGCAUGUGUGUUUUGUUGCAUUUAAAUCAGUUUUAUUUCAACAUUUAAACAGAUUAAACAAGUAAUGGUGUGAAGCA